AUUGAGAAUAUUUUUUUUUAUAUAUAUUUAGAGAAUAUUUUUAUAUUUCAAACCAUCAAGGCAUCAACUGCACUGUCUUCCCUAGUUUCUUUGAUUUGCACACUCUUUCAUUGUUCAUUCGUCUGCGACUGCAAUUCGCUUCACCAUUACCAUGGAAUCAUCGGUCGUGAAAGAAACUUUGGGAAAACUGAACGAGGAGUCCUUUGUCACCCUCCUAUCCAAGCUUAUCGGAGAGUCCAAAUACGUGCAGAACAACCCACCUGACCUGAUUCCCCAAGAGGACAGGGUCGCCAAGCACGUCCUCGACGCCCUCCUCCCCUACAGCACCACUACCGGCGGCGGACCCCUCCUCCUCAACCAUGUCACCUACUUCCCUGGCAGAGGUAACCUCAUCGUUGAGUACCCCGGAACUGUUCCCGGAAAGAUCUUGUCCUUCGUCGGCUGCCACAUGGACGUCGUCACUGCUAAUCCUAACGAUUGGGAGUUUGAUCCUUUCUCAUUGAGCAUUGAUGGGGAUAAACUUCAAGGACGUGGAACUACUGAUUGUUUGGGGCAUGUUGCCCUCAUUACUGAACUUAUGAGGAGGCUGGGCGAGACAAAGCCGGAUUUAAAGUCGACUGUAGUUGCUGUCUUUAUAGCUAAUGAAGAGAACUCAUCAAUUUCUGGGGUUGGAGUGGAUGCACUUGUGAAAGAUGGAUUGCUUAAUAAGUUGAAAGAAGGCCCUUUGUUUUGGAUUGACACAGCUGAUAAACAGCCUUGCAUUGGUACUGGUGGUAUGAUACCUUGGAAACUUCAUGUGACCGGAAAGCUUUUUCAUAGUGGUCUACCUCACAAGGCAAUAAAUCCUUUGGAGCUAGCUAUGGAAGCAUUGAAAAAUGUCGAGUCACGGUUCUACAAGGAGUUUCCUCCUCAUCCUAAGGAAAAACUCUAUGGAUUUGCCACACCAUCAACCAUGAAACCAACUCAAUGGAGCUAUCCGGGGGGCGGGAUCAAUCAAAUUCCAGCUGAGUGUACUAUAUCUGGAGAUGUCAGGUUGUUACUUGUCAAACAUGUAAAAGACGUGAUGAAGAAGCUACAAGACCAUGUUGAUGACAUAAAUGAAAAUAUUGAGAAGCUAGAUUCAUGGGGUCCUGUUUCAAAAUAUAUCCUUCCAGACGAAAAUAUGAGGGGAAGGCUUACAAUUAGUUUUGACGAAGCAAAUUCUGGAGUUGCUUGUAACCUUGAUUCUCGUGGCUUCCAUGUAUUGUGCAAAGCAACUGAAGAUGUAGUUGGGCAUGUGAAGCCUUACUCAAUCACCGGUACUCUGCCACUCAUUCGAGAACUGCAGGAUGAAGGCUUUGAUGUUCAAACUUCUGGCUAUGGCUUAAUGGCCACAUACCAUGCCAAGAAUGAGUACUGCCUUCUGUCUGAUAUGUGCCAAGGCUACGGAGUAUUUGUCAGCAUUAUUUCACAAUUAGAGGCUUAACAGUACUUAGCACUGACUAAUGUUACAAAAUCACAUCCACAAACUUAUAACAUUAUACUGACAAAUAAGUUGUGACAAAGUGAUCUCAUUUCAUCAGCUUCUUGAUAAGUAAAGGUAUUUGCCAGUUCUGCAUCA